UCCCAGCUUAUCGACUGCUACAGUUAUAUAUCGAGUGUAUUUCUUUGUGAUUUUCUCAGCAGCAGCAGCAGCAGCAGCAGCAGUAAAUACAACCCGAAACGCGACUUCCAUCAAAGCGUGAUCAAUCGCUUGUGAACAAACCCAGUUUUUCGUCAAUAUGAGUGCGCUGACGCGACGCUUCGUCAAGACGACGACAACGACAACCGUCACGAAGUCGGAGAGCGAGGGUCCCACGGCAACUGAAGGAGGCGAGACUAAGACCGUCACGGUAACCAAGAAAAAGAAAUCUAUCGAUAACGGACUCGAACGCAAGGAUAGCAAACAGGAAGAGUUGAUCUUCAGCGGUGAGUACACCAAAGCCAUGAAUAAGGACUGGCAUUCAGGCCACUUCUGCUGUUGGCAGUGCGAUGACUCACUUACUGGGCAGCGGUACGUUCUUCGAGACGAGCACCCGUAUUGCGUGCGCUGCUAUGAACAGGUAUUUGCCAAUUCCUGCGACGAGUGCUCCAAGCCGAUUGGCAUUGACUCCAAGGAUCUUUCGUACAAGGAGAAACAUUGGCAUGAACAGUGCUUCCUUUGCGCCAAGUGCCGGGUGUCGCUAGUUGACAAGCCCUUUGGCUCGAAGGCCGAAAAGGUCUAUUGUGCAGGAUGCUACGACGCCGCAUUUGCCUCUCGCUGCGACGGAUGCAGCGAAGUGUUCCGCGCCGGUACGAAGAAGAUGGAGUAUAAGGGCCAUCAGUGGCAUGAGAAGUGCUUCUGCUGCGUCGUCUGCAAAAAUCCAAUUGGGACUCGCUCCUUUAUCCCACGCGACAAUGACAUCUACUGCACACAAUGUUAUGAGGAGAAAUUUGCCACCAGGUAUAUAAAUAUUCAAUAA